GGGAAACGCUUGAAUCAGGGAGAGAGUCUUUUUUUUUCUUUACGAUACUUGUCUCUCAGGCCUGGAACUACCACCAACAACAACUCCUCCAACAACUACACCACACAUCCACAUCUCCCUGAAACCACCAACCAACACAACACCACCAUCCAGUCCCCAGGACACCCCCCACCACACAAACACACAACCACAGCCUCUGUCAAGAUGUCCGCACCCAACAGCCCCGAACAACAACGAGCCGCCUCCCCGGCCAUCGAAGAUGAACCCGCCCGUGCCCCGACCCCGGACGCCGGCGCCGGCGCCGACAACAACGCCGAAGAAAGCGACCACCAACCCCGAUUCCAAGACCAAGAGAAUGCUGCGGCAUCGGAGCCCGAAGACGACGAAGAUGACGAUGACAAAGCCCACGACUCGGACGACGAGUCGAUCCUGUCCGAGGUGGACGAGGCGCAGUUCGAGGACUUCGACCCGGAGAACGUCGACAUCGAGGACCGGCCACAGCUAGCCAUCGACGAGGACAACCUGAAGCUGAUCGGACGGCACAAGCGCAAGCGCACGGAGGGGGCCGAAGGGGAGCAGUCGAAGCGGAAGCGCGAGGGCCGGCGCGAGAAGAAGAGCCGUCGGAUGCGCGAGCUGGAGGAAGGCGGCGGGGCCAGCGACGAGGAAGGCGGCGCGGGCAAGGCCGGGCGGAGACGGACGGGCGCGUCGAAGAAGAAGGAGGUGUUGCUGGAGGAUGAUGAGACCUUGGAUCCUGCUACGCGACGGAGGAGAGCGCUCGAUCGUGCUAUGGAUGAAGCGUUGAAGAAGCCGACUAAGAGACGGUUCCGGAAGGCGGAUGGCAUUGAUUUGGAACAAAUGGCCGAUGCUGAGAUCGAAGAUAUGCGCAAACGCAUGACCCACGCCGCACAGAUGGAUGCCAUCAACCGCCGCGAAGGCAAGCCCGCCAUGCACAAACUCAAGAUGCUCCCCGAGGUCGUCUCCCUGCUGAAUCGCAACCAAUACGUCAACAGUCUGGUGGAUCCGGAAAUCAACCUGCUCGAGGCCGUCAAGUUCUUCCUGGAGCCGCUGGACGACGGCUCGCUCCCCGCCUACAACAUCCAGCGCGAUCUGAUGACGGCGCUGGGCAAGCUGCCGAUCAACAAGGAGACGUUGAUCGCCAGUGGGGUCGGCAAGGUGAUUGUAUUCUACACGCGCAGUAAGCGACCCGAGCCAGGUAUCAAGCGCAUGGCGGAGCGCCUGCUGGCCGAGUGGACGCGCCCGAUCCUGCAGCGCAGCGACGAUUAUUCCAAGCGGGUGUACCAGGAGGCUGCUUUUGAUCCUACUCAACUGGGCACAUCCCGUCCCAAAUCGGCGCAAACGUCGGUGGCGGAGGCGCGCGCGCGCGAAAUGCUGCCGCCGCGACUGGCGAACCGGGCGCGCGCCGACCUCACCCACACGAGUUACACGGUGGUGCCGCGACCGACGAUGGUACAGGAGAGCAAGUUUGCGCGACCCUUGGGCGCCAGCGGCGAGGAUCGAUUCCGGAAGAUGCGGGCGCGACAGAUUGCGGCGUCCAAGGGGUCCCGGCGAUAGCGGGGGGUGGUUGGAAUGUAGCUUUAGUUGCAUAUGUUUUUAUCUUUGCUUCGUAUUCGAUUUAUUUACGGACGGGAACGGCGCAGGAAAUUGGGAAUGAAUUGUAAUCAUUUAAUUUAAAGCUUACGGAGUAUGUGACUAGUGAGGAGAGGCGAGGAGACGGAGGAGACGAAGGAGAAGAGGGG